UCUUGCUGCUGCCAGGUCCAGAGUGUGUCAUGGGUCCCUGUACGGCCUCCCAUUGCUGCUGUCUCCAUCGCCACACUCUGCCAUGUGCCACUUUCAGGUCUCCUCACACUGCUGGUGGGUUCCAUUUUGUCAUAGGGUGCUGGCAGAUUACGGGCCUCCCAUGCUGCUGCUGCCAGGCCCCGUAAUCUGCCAUGGGCCCCCGUACCGCCUCCUCAUGCUGCUGCCAGGUCCAGAGUGUCUCAUGGGUCCCUGUACGGCCUCCCAUUGCUGCUGUCUCCAUCGCCACACUCUGCCAUGUGCCACUUUCAGGUCUCCUCACACUGCUGGUGGGUUCCAUUUUGUC